UGGAAUUGUUUUUCUUCACAGGAGUCUGUAACAGACUACACUACACCUUCUUCUCAUCCUAACACAGUGGCUACUAGCAGUACAAAAAUGGAGGAGACUUUGGUGACGAACGUGCCCCUGCCCCACACCCUUCCCCUCCCUAGGAGGGAGACUUUACAACAGAGCUCCAGCCUAACUCCAGUUUCUCCCGCUACCGUCGACCUCACCCUCAAGAUGGAGUCUGCACGCAAAGCAUGGGAGAAUUCCCCGAACAUGGGGGAGAAGAGUUCUCCAGUGACCUCGGCAGCGUCUCCUAUCGCAGGUGGCAGUGGCAGCAGCAGCAGUGGCAGCAACACUGGGCCAAGCAGUGGCACCUACAGCUCCUUCUCUAGUGCAUCAAUGCCUCCUAUUCCUGUGGCCUCAGUUACACCCACAACUUCGCUCUCAGGAGCCGGAACAUACACCACCUCUUCACUGAGCACGAAGACUGCGAGCACCUCUGACCCUCCUAAUAUCUGCAAAGUGAAGCCCCAGCAGCUGCAGACAAGCAGCCUGGCUUCUGCCAGUCACUUCUCCCAGCUGAGCUGCAUGCCAUCCCUCAUUGCCCAGCAGCAGCAAAGUCCCCAGGUCUACGUGUCCCAGUCUGCAGCAGGUACUACAGCUCAGAUCCCAGCAUUUUAUAUGGAUACAAGUCAUCUGUUCAACACCCAACAUGCACGUUUGGCACCACCUUCUCUGGCCCAACAGCAAGGCUUUCAACCAGGGCUUUCUCAGCCCGCUUCAGUUCAGCAGAUCCCCAUCCCCAUCUAUGCACCUCUGCAAGGACAGCACCAAGCUCAGCUGAGUUUAGGAGCAGCACCAGCUGUUUCCCAAGCCCAAGAGUUGUUCAAUUCCUCCUUACAACCUUAUAGAUCUCAGCAAGCUUUUAUGCAGAGUGGUUUGUCUCAGCCGUCGCCAGUGGUUCUGUCUGGUACAGCCUUACACAACUUCCCAGCAGUCCAGCACCAGGAGCUUGCUAAGGCACAGUCCAGCCUGGCAUUCCAACAGACUUCUAACACACAGCCUAUCCCCAUCUUAUAUGAGCACCAGCUUGGUCAGGCUUCAGGACUGGGAGGCUCUCAGCUCAUUGAUACACACAUUCUGCAGGCCAGAGCUACACUCACUCAGGCUUCAAAUCUCUACUCUGGGCAAGUUCAACAGCCUGGCCAGAGCAAUUUCUACAACACUGCACAGUCUCCCAGUGCUCUCCAGCAGGUAAACUAUGGCAUGGUGACGGUACCUCUGCCAGGAUCCCAGAUUUCUUUGCCCAACUUUGGAUCCACAGCACAGCCACUGAUUGCCCUGCCCCAGUCUUUACAGCCACCACUACAGCACACACCACCACAAGCCCAGGCUCAGAAUCUGAGCAGGCCUGCACAAGUAACCCAGCCUUUCCGAGGACUGAUCCCAGCAGGAACUCAGCACAGCAUGAUCGCUGCCACUGGAAAGAUAUCAGAAAUGGACCUGAAGGCCUUCGGAGGUGGCAUUGAUGUUAAACCUGGAACACCACCAGUUACUGGCAGAAGUACUACUCCAACCUCCAGUCCCUUCCGGGCCAGUUCUACAAGUCCUAACAAUCAGUCCAAUAAAAUGAACAGCAUUGUCUACCAGAAGCAGUUCCAGUCAGCAGCUGCUGCUGUAAGAAUGACACAGCCAUUUCCUGCACAAUUUGCACCCCAGGCAAAGCAGAGAGCAGAGGUACUUCAGUCCACCCAGAGAUUCUUUUCUGAGCAGCAGCAGCAGCAGAGCAAACCCAUAGGAGGCAAAGCCCAGAAAGUGGAGGAGAAUGGAAGCAAACCCCCCGAGGCAAUUGCUGAUUCCUCAGGAGUCUGCCAGGACAAAACGGAGGAGAAGCCCGCGCCUGCACCCGCUGCCACACCGAAACCUGUCAGAACUGGACCAAUCAAACCUCAGGCAAUCAAAACCGAGGAAACUAAAUCUUAGAGGCUGUGUUCCCAUGGAGGGGGGCAGAGGGGAGGGUGGGCGAGGUGUCAGCAGCAUGAGUUUGUGGCCUGAAGGCCGAGGCAGCAGCCUGCUCUCCCUGCAGGGCUCCGAGCAGCCUGAAGGGGCACAGGAGCCAUCAGCAGUUACAGGUGCAAACUGCUGGGUGUCCAGCUGAGCUCCUGGGCUCUGGGGGUUUGUGUCUCCUCUGACAGCAUGAAGGCUGCUCUCGGUGCGUGCACGUUCCACACGUGUGCGCGUGUUUUGGCUUACACACCUUCUGCUUCCCACGGUGAGAAACAUGGAGAAGUGGCAAUGGCAGGGAAGAAGGUGGUGGGGAGGCAUGUUCCUGGCUGACACGAUGACUUCUCUUAUUUUCUUCAGGCUCUGAUCUUCAGCUGCUAUUUAUCUUUUUAUAAACCCAUGAGUAUGACAACAUGCAGUUCUGAAGAUGGUGCUGGGCCAAGUAAUGUGUGUUAAGUUUUUAGUGACUUAAGAAGCUUCUAUCUUGUAACAAACAGAGGGAUCCAUAGCUGGCAAAAUUGCCUUUGCCACGCGAGGUCUAACCUAACGUGACACAGUGAUGCUGGUGGUGUUGGAUUUCCCUCUGGAGGCAGUGCUUUGCUGGCUGCUGCUGCUUGGAUGACAAUACUCUGCAUUUAGAUCACCACAUGAAAACGCUACUUGGCCACCUGUGUCCUCUCCACCCGCUGCCCCCUCAGUGGCUCUCACCCCUGGAGUUGAAAGGUUCGUUGCAUCAAUAGUCAGGUUUGUUCCGUUCACCCCUGUCCAGGUGUCUUUAUAUGAUGCGAGUGGUCUCUAAACGGUUCCAGUUUCUGUCUGUGAUACAGCAGCGAGCACUUAAACUGUGCCACGAGAACUACAGAAACCUUACUGAUUAAUGAGAGUUGAUCUCAAAGGUGCAUUUUCAUAUCAGAGCUGAGUCGCACCACCUCCUUGCCCACAGUGUGCUGGAAAGUAGAAUCAAGUCAAAUAAAUGCCUUUUUAAUUGUAUCCUCUAGUAUUCUAGCUGUAGGACAGUACUGUAUGAUACUUCUGUGAAUGUAAGAUAUCCUGUACCUGCUUAUGAUAUGUAGUAGUGACUGUGCUAUACUGGAGCUGUUUUUAAUAAUGUUAUUCUAGAGGUUUUUUUUCCAGACAAUGAUUGAAAAAGCUAAUAAAAAGCACCAGGUACCACA